AUGUCUCAUAUCGAAACGACCGAGGACGUUCGGUCGACUCCCCCGCCCAAGACCCAUGAGGAGACCCACAUCGAGAAGAACAGCAGCGAAUACUUCGAAAAGAUUGAAGAAGGACCUACUUCAUAUGCUGAGAUUGCUGCGGCAUCUCUUUCGCCCUCUCAUCGAGAGUACCUCCUGCAGCGUCAUGGAACCUUGGACCUCGAUCCUAUCCCGAGCCCAUCGGGCGCAGACCCGUACAACUGGCCUACCUGGAAGAAAUUGAUUAACCUCAUCCUCGUCGCCUUCCACGCCUGCAUGGCAACAUUCACCGCCUCGAUUAUUCCAGCCUAUGAGAGUAUCGCGGAGGAUCUUGGGGUUUCUAUGCAAAGAGCCAGUUAUCUUACUUCGCUUCAGAUUGCGAUUCUUGGAGGUGCACCUCUGUUCUGGAAGCCCUUGGCGAAUCGCUUCGGACGCCGCCCUAUCUUCCUUCUGUCUACCAUCUGCAGCUUGGUAUGCAACAUUGGUUGCGCGAAGAGUCCAACCUACGCUUCUAUGGCCGCCUGUCGAGCCUUGACGGCCUUCUUCAUCUCUCCGGCAGCGGCCAUUGGAAGUGCCGUUGUUACCGAAACCUUCUUUAAGAAAGACAGAGGCCGUUAUCUGGGUGUCUGGACAUUGAUGGUCACCUUGGGUGUUCCAGUUGGUCCCUUGAUCUACGGUUUCAUUACAUACCGCGUCGGGUACCGUUGGAUUUUCUGGGUGCUGGCCAUCACCAACGGUGUUCAGUUCAUCCUGUAUAUCUUCUUUGGUCCUGAGACCCGCUACAUCGGCGGUAGUACCGAGGGCAUGUCCGACUUCAAGGCCCAGUACCUAUCCUUUCGCCGCAUUGACCCAACACCACUCACACUCCGCGAAUUCUUCCACCCAUUGACGAUGGCCGCACGUCCUAGCGUCAUGAUUCCCGCCUGCGCUUAUGCUAUGGUAUUCUUGUUCGGCAGUGUCAUGAUCACGGUCGAGGUGCCCCAACUUCUACAAACCAAGUUCGGCCUCAAUGCGGAGCAGCUGGGUCUUCAAUUUAUUGGAGUUAUAAUCGGCACGGUCCUAGGCGAGCAGAUUGGAGGUUCCAUGUCUGACUUCUGGAUGCGCCGGCGUGAACGCAAGAUACAGCACAAGCCGGAUCCCGAGUACCGUCUCUGGCUCAGCUAUCCUGGAGUGAUUCUGACUAUUGUCGGUGCCAUUGUAUUCCUGGUCUGCACUGAACAAGCUGCUCCAGAUCACUGGGUUGUGUCGCCAAUUAUCGGCACAGCCAUUGCUGCUUUUGGCAACCAGCUUGUGACGACCGUUCUGGUUACUUAUGCGGUGGACUGCUAUCCGGAAGAUUCGGGCAGUGUUGGUGUUUUCAUCACGUUUGUUCGCCAGGUGUGGGGGUUCAUUGGUCCGUUUUGGUUCCCCGACAUGUUCGACAACGUCGGUGUUGCGGCCAGCUCAGGUGUCUCAAGUGCGUUGAUGUUUGCUGUCAGCUUCUUGCCAGUCAUUGCCGUCCAUAUGUUUGGCAGGAAGUGGCACAAACAUAACUAGCUAGAUGUAUUUUACGACGGAUGUAUUUCUUAU